CUGACUUGAGGCAAACAAUUCAGAGGUGGCAGUGAAGAAGAAAGUAGUGAAGAAGAAAGUAGUAGCCAAAAGUAUGGUUGGUGGAGCAAAAUAAAUCAGUCUUUAUUGGUGAAAAUUAGUAUCGCAAAUCUUAACGUUAGUAAUAAAAUUCCUUAUCGAGGUAUUUGCUGUUUAUGUAAUCAAGCUGUAUGAUUUUGCAUACCUGUUUUGAACCUCUGGAGUCAGAGGAAGUGUUAGGAAAUUUAUGUACUAAAAUAAUUAAAAGAUUUAAGAAGUUAAGGAUUUUUCAUUAAUGUUAUGAAUUUAAAUAAAUGAGGUGACAACCUGGAAUCUACGAAACUAACAUCAGCAAAUUCUGAUCUGCCUCCUCGGGAGUUAGCAGAGCCGAUGCUAUGCUGAUGCCAUGCUGUAAGGGCAACACGUUUGAACUCCAAAGCAGGACGCGGCCACGUGUGAGCAGCUGGCGCCCGUUCCCUGGUGUCACACACGCGUGGCACUUCAAAAUGCUGAAGGGAGCUCAGCAGUUCGUUGGCAAAUCCCUCCAACCAGCGCUACCUGCGUCCCAUUUGCCUUCUAAACAAGCAUCAGAAGUUGCUUUCAACUUUCAGACUGAAUUACCUAGCAAUGCUCAAGUAUGUUUGCAGAGUAAGGUUGACUGGUUAUCUGAAGUGACUGAAAUGAAGAUCUUAACUCAAAACACAGUGCCUCUUCAACCCAAACAGGAAUUGGAUGCAAAAAAAGAAAGGAUCAAAUACAGCAGAGAUUUCCUCUUGGAGCUUUCAAGCGUUUCGCUCUCUCAAAAGAAGCCAGAGUUUCUGCCCGAUCAUCCAAUUGUACUUGAAAAACCAGAAAACAGCAACCCUUUUGUUGACAUAUACAAGAAGUGACAGGUAGCUUGGAAGAUGAGAAAUCCAUCAGUGAAGGAGCUACAUGUAAUGUAGACCUUCAAGAUUUUUAAAGGUACUUGGGUGCCUACACGUGAACACAGGAGCUUACAAAGUCUGUACAAAUACCUGUUUCUAUUUGUAAUUUCCAGAAUGCUUCAGAAGGCAAAAUACUUCGUAGCACCUGAGAUGGUAGUACAAUUGCAGUGAAAAUAAAUCAUUUUACAGUUUGGUGUGA